ACUUUAUCUUCCAACUCAAAACUGGUUCAUUAAAUAUCACUAAUAAAACUGUCAAGACCCUUCUCUCUACCAGCUACAAAUGGAAUUCAAGAGCUUCAUCGCCUUAAUCUACCAUUUCGUCGGUCUAAGUGCCGUUGAAGAUAAGUCGAAAGAUGGCAUGUCAUACUCAAAAAACUCUGGUGAGGGUGUUGAGUUGUGUUGUGUGUGCUUGUGGAAGUUCAAGGAAGGAGAAGACAUGCGGGUUCUACCUUGCCGUCAUAGAUUUCACAAGGUAUGUGUUGAUAGGUGGUUUAGUGCUUGUCGGAGGACCUGUCCGGUUUGCCGGUUUUCGAUGGCAGAAGAAGAAGAAGAAGAGAAUGUUCAGAAGUCAGAAGAAGAGUUCACUGAAGAGAUGGUUAUAUGGUUUUCUUCUUUCCAUAUAGCAGGGUUUUAGAUCUUGCAGUCUUGUGAUGCUGGAUUGACUGCUUAAACACCCAAUACCCAAUACCCAACACCACAUUUAUGUACUUACGAACACUUGAGAGAAGAAACAAAAGACAUCAGUUUCUAUAAGAAAUAUGGGCUCUAAUUUGUCUAUGGGCUUUGAAAUCUACAACCCAAAUAAGCCCACCGUUGCCAACAAAUCAUUUGAUCUCCAUGCAUGCUCUUGACAAAUCCCCGACAAUGAAUUGUCAAUCAACCCCAAAAAAAUGUCAUUUGUCUUCCACAGACAUUACCAAUAUCAUCUUUCUGAGUGCACAAAUAUGGAUAAGCCAACAUGCUUAUCCUCAUGAUUAAUGCAACUUUU